AUGAAACAUGUGAAAUUCCGUUGACAUUCGCUCAUUCCUCAACCCAUUAAAUAUAAAUGUUUGGACUAUUUUUAACGUCAAGCAUAAAUCUCGGAAACAGGCCUAAAAUAUCAGCAACAUGUCUGCGGCCUGCCUGUUGAAUUGUUGUGGGUGGAUGCGUACGCAAACAGACAGACAAUGUGUACGUGGAGGAUGUUGGACGAAAUCUCGAGCGAUAUUUUAGUGUUCAAACAGAAAGCGACGCGUGUGAAGGUGACAAAUCGCAGACGGUUGACAAAAGUGUGCUUAUAGUGAGCCAUAUAUAUAAGAAUUAUGGAUAUUUGAAUAUAUUUAUAUUAAAAUUUCAUAUGCCGGUGUGGAAAAAUACACGUAUGAAAUGAAUUUGUGAAAUGCAGUGUAUACCGUUAAUGUGUCACUAUUAAAUGUUUAUUAAGAUUAACUGCAUUUAUCAGCGGAAAUUAAAUCAGUAACUAUAAAUUAAGUGUGAUUAAGAAAGUUCGAGAUACGUGCUAGCAAGUGCUGAGGUUGAUAAGCGAAAUUAAAAAAAAAGAAAUUCUACGAAUUUCAAAUAAAAAUAAAAAUUGCAAAUAAAAGAUUUCCACAAGUGUUCGCAUUAAUCCGAUAUUAAAAAAUAAAAGAAAGUAUCUCUCCACACAGACACAUUGGCUAUAGGCAGUGAGUAUUUAACUCAACUCUAAGCCAAGGACGACGAUAACGGUAGUCGUUAGUAGUAAUAGAAGUAACAUAAAAAUAUAAAUAAAUAAUAAAAAAAAAAUUAUAUAUAGAAAGUGUCUUUCACAUAUAAACACAGUCACCAGAAACACACACACACACCAAGCCACAUUGUUCACAUGUCCGCGUCACCAUCAUGAUAAGUGUUGUAAAAUAUGUCCGUUUAUUAUUAUUGCCAUGGCUAUUAUUUAUGGCUAGCAAUUGUAUUGUCAACUUUGUCGCUGCAAUCGGGAUGCCAAUAAGUCAGCGACAACUACAACAGCAGCAGCAGCAACAACAGCAGGAAGCAUUAUUUGCACCACAGCAACAACAACAACCCGCAUGGUAUCAUCAGCAAUUACAGCAACAACAAAAACAACCCGCUAUAUCGCUAUCAGCACCCACACCAGCUACCAUCGCCCAGCUGCCUGCUGAGGCGUCUAAAACAACGGCAGCUGACAAUUUUACAACCUCAACGCUACCAAAUGGAGUAGAUUACUCAAACGAAACUGUGGGCUAUACUGACGAAACCGUGAGUGAGGACGAUGAAAAGCUGCCGAGCGAAAUACAAAAGGCUGUAUGCACUGUGACCGCUGGUGAAGUGCGCGCAAGCGCAGAGGCAGUGACCACGAAGAAACUGAAAGGCGUAUGUGGUUCAGCUGAACUGAAGUUGGCCUUUAGUGAUUUGGAAGCGAAGCUCUAUAAAGAAUUGCAAGACAUUAAAAUUUUAUUGCAACACAUAGCGCAACAGCAAGGCAUAAAUAUGCCACAACAGUUGCUGGCACCAAUGACCUUCGCAACAACAACAAUUACACCGCCCGCUGUGUCACAUGCACAACAACGCACGAACAUACCGACAACAUCAUAUGCAGCCGCGACAUCGACAACACCGUCUCCAACUACGCAAACAACAACAACACAGCACGCACAACAACACAAACCAACGCAGCGCGUCAAACCCACAACAGCCAAUAAACCGAAAUUCCAACCGAUCGUAGAGUCCAAAGCUAAUAAUGCUGUGGACACAUCGUCCGCUGAAGUCAGCUACGAAUAUGAGGAAUCUUCAGCGGCUGUGGAAGCUGCUGACGAUCUCUUGCCCAGAAAAUUGCCACAACUGAAGUCGUUUCAUACAAAGAGUCAACCGUUGGCGCCCAUAUCUAGCGAAUUGUUGCAAGAAGUGCGGAAAUUCAAUAACACAAUGUUAAGCGAUCGCGAGCUGAAGGUCUUCACCUACUAUUGGAAGCUGGAGAAUUUCACCGAACGCAUUGAGAGCGGCCGCAGUUCAAUGGUGGAGAGUCCGGUGUUUUCGAUAAAAGGCAAACCAUUGCAUCUCAUAGCCUACUUCCAACACUUACAUCGCGAUUUUCUCUAUCUACAACUGACGCAGGCGCUGAAAAAAUCCAGCAAUCCGAAUAAUAUCUUCAUCGAUAUGGGUGGAUUAUUCAAGGAAAUUGCUAAUGAUAAAAUUAGUUUUAAACAUAAAAUAUCGGUACUCAAUCAGCACAAUCAACGCUCAAAGGAUUUAACUUCACAAGAAUUACACAAUCUUGAGACGGGCUUUAUCAUACCGAACAGCGCGCUACUCAACAGUCCAUUCAUCAAAAACGAUUCAUUGCUAAUACAAAUUUUUCUUUAUUUAUAACUGUUUACUUAAAAUUUGCUAUAUUUUUGCACUAAACAAAUAUGUAUGUAUGUGUGUACCUUUUAAUAAAAUGUUUAUUAUUUAAUUUUUUUUUGUCGAUUUUAUAUAUAUAUUUUUUAUGAUUUCUAACGGGUAACUUGAUGAAAAUUUGCAUUAUAAAUAUUUUUAUUAAUUUAUUAAAUUUAAUUAUAGCAAGCGGAUAUGAGGUGUUAAAAUU